AUGGCACUUCAGAAUUCAUCGCAAGCGGCGCCAGCCUAUUUCCAGGCGCUUCUCGACCGCGGCCAGAAACGAGCGCCUUCAGACGAGCCGCAACUACAGCUAGGCCUGCAGGAUAUCGCGCGCAAGGUCAGGAACUUGGGCAAAGGCUUUACAGAUGCACGAGCACACUACUUGCUGUCUGCAUCGGGCGUAAACACCAGCGAUGCGCUGCGUGAUCUCGAAGAACUGUCGGGUGCAAAGGCUGGCCCAGCACCAUCGUCUGAGCCCAUGAUUACCAGCGGAGUGAAGGAGGAUCUUGCGCAGCGAUACCAGAGCGAUUUUCAGAAGAUGGUCGACAGCCACAUCAAACGCGCCCACGACGACUUUGACAAGAUGAUUGAAGAACGACUGCACGGUGUGGAUUGGGACGCGCACCGACAGCGCAUCUACGAGCACUUCGGCCUGAAGAAGCCACAGAACAUGGAAGAGCAGGGUGGUGCAGAGAGCGCAUACGGACAGAGCGGUUUUGGACGGUCUUCACGACGACCGAGACCGAAUAGUACUGCUUCCAAGUCGUUUGGCAUGUCUGGCAUGUCCCGCUCGGUCAUUGGUUCAGUGGGUCAACGUGGUGUGCGAAGCAGUGUCUUUGGCGAUGUUGCCGAAAAGGUACCAGCUGAUGGCAUUCGACCGGCUCCAGAAGAUAACUUGCUGCGAAAGAAGCAGAAGGAGUAUGCUGGAAAGGUUACAGAUCUGAAUGCUGCACGGAGAGAGUUCAAAAACUACCCAAUCCUGAAGCAUUUCGCCGAGGUGGAGCAAUGGCCUUCGAAUGAAGACACAUCAAUGCUCGUCCAGGCAUUCAAAGCGCUGGUCGAGAUCACCAAAGAAAGCGACACGGCAGAGACCUUGACCGACAAAGGUGCGAUUCGGGAGCGAACUUACGCCAAAGCUUACCUGGACGACUCGCGAGAUUCGGAAGAUGUUGUCCAAAUACGCAAGCAAAUUUUGAACGGAUCUCGAACUUAUCUGGAGAGCUUGUUCAAAGAACAGCUUAUCGCCACUGUUAAGAAGAGUCCGCGCGAGGCGAACACAGGCGGCACACCGGAUCCGCUUUCUCACGUCAAGGGCUACGUGCGCGUUCGUGCAGCGCGAAAGGAGCUUGGUCCCGAUGCUGAGCUACUCCAAGAGAUUAAUGGAGACUACUGCUGGGCGGUCAUCUUCUAUCUGCUGCGCAGUGGACAAUAUGAACAGGCUAUGAACUACGUCAACGCCAACAUUGCGGCCUUUCGACAAAUCGAUCGCCAAUUCACGAAAUACCUCAAAGCAUACGUCGACAGUUCAGAGCGACGACUACCCACUGACAUACAGACUCAAAUCAACAACGAAUACUCACAAAGGCAGCGCCUGGCUCCCGAGGACUCAAUCGAUCCCUAUCGGAUGAUGUGCUACAAAGUUAUUGGCAGAUGCGACAUUGGCCGUCGCAGUCUUGACAACAUCACAAACGACAUGAUGGACUGGCUGUGGUUGCAAUUCGCCUUGGCGCGCGAGUACAAUCGCUUUGACGAGUAUGCGCACGAAGCUUUCAGCCUGGAGGAUGUUCGAGCAUCAAUCAAAGAGAUUGGCGAGAGGUACUUCGGUGCAGGCAGUGAAAUUGCCAACGCACCAACCACACUCUUCUUCAUGCAAGUUCUCGCAGGGCUCUUUGAAAAGGCAGUAGCGGACCUCUAUCCUCACAACUAUCUCUCGGCAGUACACUUUGCCAUUGGGCUCGACUUUUACGGUCUGCUGCGCGUUAGCAAUAUCAACAACAGCGAUGAUCUUCUCACCUACACUACUCGACAGCAACCGCAAAUUGCAUUUGGCAGCAUGAUAGGGCUCUACACGCGCGACUUCCGCACAUCUGAAGCCACGUGGGCUGUCGAUUACCUCUCUCUGAUCUGUUUGAAUGCUGAUCUGGAUGGCGAUAUUGGCAAGGCACAGAAAGAGCUAUGCUACCAGGCGCUCACUGAACUGGUGCUCGAGACUCGCGAAUUCGCUCAGCUGCUUGGUGACAUCAAAGCAGACGGCUCGCGGAUUCCAGGUGCCAUCGAAAAUCGACUGUCCCUCAUUAAGCUUCAAGGCAACGAAUUUCUGAAGCAUAUCACGCUCGUUGCAGCCAGAACAGCGCAAGAGCAAGGUCGCACGACCGAUGCAGCAUUGCUUUACCACCUCUCGGAAGAUUACAGCAAGGUCUUGGCUGUUGUCAACGAAGCACUAUCGCUGGCGCUGACGACAGACCUUGGCGAUACUCCAGCACGCCUUUUGCCGCUGAAGCCACGCAAUAUUACAGAUCAAAACAACCAGGACGCUUCCCUGCAGCAAGCCAGCUUAAGCUUGACAUCCAUCGAUGACCCAGUGCAGCUAGCUCAAGAUAUCAAGACCUUAUACCAAAACGACGGAACUUGGACGAAGGCCAAGAUUGAAGAGAAGCAAAUGCACAGCUGCGAAAUUCUACUCCUUCUAGCUGCCGCCCGCAGAGAACUCGAAGCAGGUCGCUGGGCCCCGACCCUUGAUUACAUCCACAAAACCGACCUCCUCCCCACCGACCCCGAAGCACGCGGCAACAUCUCCUUCAUCCGCUCCAAAGCCCAAAACUUCGAAAUCUUACCCCAGUCCGUCGCGAGAGUCAUGGGUCACCUGAUGGUCUGGACCGUCAUCGCCUGCUCAAACCAAGUCGAGAGAUUGAGUACCCAAGGCUUCGAGAACGCGGGUACGAAACAGUUGAUCAAGAAUACUGUGUAUAUUGCCAAGGACGUUAUGGUCUUUGCGGGCUUGAUCAAGUAUAAAUUGCCUGGGAGGGUUUGGGAGACGAUUGCGAGGGUUGGGCAGGAUUUGGAGGCGUUUCGGGUACAGUAG